CAAAUGUGGUAAUCAUUAUCGAACAUGGGUGCCACCCCAUAGUUGACACUUUAAGCCCCCCAAUCCAACUACUCUUAGGUUAUAUCUUAUAAAUAUGUAUGAUUUUUCUUGUACAAUUGCUCCCUAAAAAAUUCAUCAACCAAAUACAAGGGUCUCCCUCGAAUGAGUCCGUGCUACGGUGUCAUCACCGUUUUUCUCCUCCUCAUCGCAGGCACCCAUGCCAUCACCAAACAGAGAAGCUACCUAAAUGUAAUCAACCAAUUUUUGGCUCCUCAGAAUGCAGCACGGUCUGCCCUACGUAUGCAGCCAUUGGCAUGGGAUGCACGUCUAGAACGCUAUGCUCAAUGGUAUGCUAACCAGAGGCGUUGGGACUGUGCUUUGAAGCACUCAAAUGGACCUUAUGGAGAGAACAUUUUUUGGGGGAGCGGCAGUGACUGGACUCCGGCUCAGGCUGCCGCUGCAUGGGUUUCAGAGCGGAAGUGGUACAAUUACUGGUCCAACUCGUGUGCCGAUGGGCAGGAAUGUGGGCAUUACACCCAAAUUGUGUGGAGGGCAACAGGGAGAGUUGGGUGUGCCAGGGUGAAUUGUUUUGGUGGCAGAGGUGUUUUCAUGACUUGCAACUAUGACCCUCCUGGGAACUACAUUGGUGAGAGACCUUAUUGAAAUCAUAUUUCGUGAAAUUUUCUGUAAGAGAGUUCAACCACACAUAUAUAUAUAUAUAUAUAUCAAAAUCAUACCAUAUGGUGGCCAGAGAUGUGGCCUUUUGGUGAUUUGAGUUUUCUUUCGUUUUUCUGUAAUUGCAAAUCAUUUCCAACACAAUUUGGAUUUAAGCUCACCAUAUAGGGAAAAAAAAUAGGCAGUUUUUUUUCCACGAUGCUAUCGAAACAAGGCAUGUGAUUAUAAGAAUGUUCACAUCCCUAAUAUCUUUCAAUAAAACCAACUUUUCUGUUGA